AUGACCAAAAGCUUGGUCAAAGAGGUAGAUCUUCAGACGGCCCUUGAAAGAGUCGAGGGCUUGUCGUUUUCCCCUGUGUUGCGACGUAAGGCAGCGAAGGGGGGGGGGGGGGGGGGUUGGUACCCCGAGGCCAUGAUCGUGCCGGUGGCCUUCGGGCUGGUCUUCGUGCUCGGGCUGGUGGGCAACGGGCUGGUGCUGGCCGUGCUGGGCCGGGCCAAGCCCGGGCGGGCGCGCAGCGUCACCAACGUGCUGGUGCUGAACCUGAGCCUGGCCGACCUGUCCUUCCUGGUGCUGUGCGUCCCGUUCCAGGCCACCAUCUACACGCUGCCCGAGUGGGUCUUCGGCGCGCUCCUGUGCAAGUGGGUGCACUACUUCGUGACGGUGACCAUGCUGGUCAGCGUCUUCACCCUGGGCGCCAUGGCCGUGGACCGCUACCUGGCCGUGGUCCGCGCCCGCCGCUCGCAGGGGGUCAGGAACACCCGCAACGCCGCCCUGGGGGUGGCCGCCAUCUGGGGCCUCUCGCUCCUGCUGGCGGUGCCGGUGCCGUGGCACCAGGCGCUGCUGACCGGCGUCCAGCAGGCGCCCAACCGGACCUUCUGCUGGGAGCAGUGGGCCGACCGGACCCACAAGCAGGUCUACAAGGCCACCGUCCUGGUGGUCGGGUACCUCCUGCCUUUGGCGCUCAUCUGCUGCUGUUACGCGAAGGUUUUAUUUCACCUGCACAGAAAGAUAAAGAACAUAUCGAAGAAAUCCAGGAGAUCCAAGAAAAAGACUGCAAAGACUGUAAUGCUGGUUGUUGCUGCAUUCCUUCUUUCCUGGCUGCCGCAUCACAUCAUAACCAUGUGGGUUGCAUUUGGAAACUUCCCAAUAACAGACGCCUCAUUUGUUUUCCGAAUCAUCGCUCACUGUAUGGUGUAUGGCAACUCCUGCAUCAAUCCCAUAAUAUACGCUUUCCUGUCAGAGAACUUCAGGAAAGCCUGCCAACAAGUCUUCACGUGCAAAUGCUUUUUGCCGCCUCCCAUUGAGGAAAAGGUGGUGAGGAUUCGCAUGGAGACCUUUUCCACCACCCAUUCAAUAACAAACGCUUGAGACUGUUCUUUGGAUCUGUAUAUUAUUGUGACUGAGCAAAUGUACCUUAUAUGUACUGAAACUGCACAUCCAAUGGGACUCAUAUGACAUAUGGGAUGCAGGUAUUGAUUUGGAUAACACAACAACAACUUGCAUUUAUAUAGCACCCUUCACAGGGGGUUGUGUUCAGAGCAUUUUAACUACCAAUAAAUGUCCAAACGAUGAUUGCACAGAUGCAUCUGUAAAACCAACUGAAGAGUAUAAGUGAGUGCUCCAAUAUCUCUCGGCUAAAAAUGUACUCGGUUGCAUUUUUCUGUACGUGCACAUGUUGAGUAGAAAUAAGCUGGUUAAAUUGUGUGAUAAAGGGAAACCGCAAUGACAUCAAGUAUAAGUUAUUGACAAAUAUUCUAAUCAGAAGCAGCAAUGGGUCAGAUUGGAAUCAUUCUGGAUGUAUUGGACGAUCACAAAUGAACUCGAAACUUAAAGAGGACAAUGCAAAAAGAGCACUUUAUGGUAUUUUGCUAAAUUAUUAAUUCACACAAACAGUUUGAGUAGAAGGAAAGAACCUGUGUAUCUAUAGCGCCUUACCACGUCAAUACUAUUUAAACUGUCUUGCAGUAAUCAUUACCAUUGUGUAGUGACUGUAUUUUUUCUAGGCAAAUAGGACAUUCAAGGGAUAAGUUAAAUGUUGGAGACCAGUUUCUCUAUAUACGCUGCUGAUUGCUCAGAGCCUUAUUGAUUCUACCAUUGAGCCAUUGCCGACUCAUGCUCCUUAGUGAGACCUGGGCCCAUGCUUUGGUUCCCAUGAGGGAAAAAUAUGGAAGAAUCUUCAGGAACUAUACUUUCUGCCCUCUGGUAUUGAAGUAAAACAAGGUACAUUUGAGCUUUAGCUGCAGUUAUUUCAGUACUACUAAUUUGUUUACAAUGGUUCAUAUUUCUGCUAGCAAUUGAUGAAGUAUCUUUCCAGGGGUAUAUUUCAAUGAUUUUCUAAAUGCAGCUGGAUGCAGUAACUUUUAGUUCACUAGCGUGUUGUACAGAAGCAUGGGAAAGAAUAACAUGAGUUAUUUUAUUGGUCAUUAUUCAUACCGCUGCUUAGUACAAACCUCGUACUGAUGUCCUUUCAAAUAAGGGAGCUGACAGUUUAAUGCACAUUAGGUUGUAGAAUAUAAGAGGUAACUAAGAAAACCUUGCCAUUUGAGCUCAGAACCUUAGGGAUGACGGCAAACAAUCAAAGCAGGAUUUUGUGUGUAUUACCAAGCCUAUAAAUGAUCUGAAAAUCUAGAAUGGAUUGCAGAAUAUACACAAUCACAAUCUUUUCAUGUGCCUAGUUUAAAUCAAAUUGAGAUACUUUCAAACAAUCUUAUGAAAUACCUAAGAGUUACUACAACUAAUUGAAUGGUAUAUCCGGAGUAAGAUUCCCACCUACAUCCAGAUUUACUUUUUAGGAUAAUAUUUCAGUGUGCAGAAUUUGGCAAAUUGUCGAAUUCAGUUUUAACAUUUAA